UUAAAGUAUUGCUAUCUGCCGAAGCCAUAAGAGAGAGAAAGAGAGAAGUUCCUGCAAAAGCUUUUUCCAAACUUUCUCUUUUUAACACAUCAAAAAAACAGACCCCAAAACCCAAAUAAAAAUCUCUCUGUCAAAAUACCCCCCCCCCCCAACGAACCAAAACCCCGAAAGUACAUUUCUCUUUCCAUGGACUUGCAUCUGAAGCAAUGUAGAAACCAGCAUGAGUCAGACCAUCAACAACCACCACCUUCUGCAAAUAUACCAAAACUUCACUUUCAUCAUCAUCAUCACCAACACCCAUCUCCUCUUCCUUUGCUUGUACCUCAUCACCACUGCAAAUCCAGCAGCAACAACCUGCCACCAGUUCCUCAUUCAUCCUCCACGUUUCCUAGCAGGAUGGGAAGUUUCUUCAGCUUGUCUCAAUGGCAGGAACUGGAGUUACAAGCUUUGAUCUUUAGAUACAUGUUAGCAGGCGCAGCUGUUCCUCCCCAACUCCUUCAAUCAAUCGAGAAUUCUACUAUUCUUCACUCUCCUUCAUAUUUCCUCCACCACCCUCUUCGACACUUCUCCCAUUACCAGCCACCUUUGUUGCAAUCAGGGUAUUGGGUAAGAGCAGCAAUGGAUCCAGAGCCAGGCCGGUGCCGGAGGACUGACGGGAAGAAGUGGAGAUGCUCGAGAGACGUGGUGGCUGGCCAGAAGUAUUGCGAGCGCCACGUGCACCGUGGCCGCAACCGUUCAAGAAAGCCUGUGGAAAUGCUAAAAUCUAGUGGCGCCUGCACCACCAUCAUCAACAACAAUACUCUUGUUGGUGCUGCUGAUGGUGUUGUUGAUGUUGGAUGUGGUGGCCUUAAACCCACUUCUCUGAUUCCCAAUUCACCCUUAGAAUUGGCUGGUGAUAGAGCCAACAGUUUACUCCUUUCAGGGCAUUCCCCUCCCGUUGAUCUUCUUCGCCUUAAUUAUAGUUCCUCAGAUUCCAAUAAUGUUCAUAAGGGCCUUUUCGAAGCCCAAAAUGAAGUCAAUAACAGAUCUGAUGGUCAAAUGUUGAGACAUUUUUUUGAUGAUAGGCCUAGAUCCUUACAACAACCUGACAACCAUGCUGAAAGCCCGAUGAGUUCUGCAACUUGCCUCUCCAUUUCGAUGCCAGGAAAUUCUUCAUCAGAUGUGUCGUUGAAGCUGUCAACUGGCAAUGGAGACCAAUUGAAUUGGGCUGCUGGGUGGGCCUCAAACCAGGUGGCUUCGAUGGGAGGGCCCCUUGCCGAGGCUUUAAGAUCAUCCAUGUCCAAUUCACAACCUUAAAGGCUCUGCAUCUCAAACUAGCAUUGUUACCACUCUUUUUAGACACUUCAAGACUUAAAAGUAAAUUGCUUGAACUCUGUUUUUUACUUUUAUUGAACCAAACUGACUACAAUAAUGGUUCCUUGAAAAUUAA